AUGAGAAACAUCAUGGACUUGACCUUUGGCUUCUUUUCACGCGAACCCAGCAAGAUGACAUCUGAAGCUGAGAUGGCGGUUGAGGAGGGCCACAUAUCCCCCCCGCCCACCCUCCCUUCCAUCCGGUGUUCCAUCCACUUGGGAGUCCAGGCGGGGAGUAUGAUGAGGGGGAGCGACGUCUUCUCGACCAGCAGGGGCACGGUGAGGGAGAGGGGCCGUAACCGCAGCUGGCUACUCUCUAGCAUCAUCACGGUCAACGUCCUGAUCCUAGGUAUUGCUCUGGUCAGUGGCAGUGUCUUCAACAACGUUAAGAUCAACACCAUCAACCUGCAGAUCUUCCUCAUCGUCCUCGUCAUCCUCACCACUGCCUGGAUGCUGUACUACACCAUCUACACAUCCAGGGAAGAUCAUGCAGUGCUCUACAAGGAUAGCUAUGCCGGGCCUGUGUGGCUCAGGGGUGGACUGGUGCUGUUUGGCUUAUGCAGUCUGAUUAUGGACGUGUUUAAGAUUGCUAACUACGUUGGCUACCUGCACUGUGACUCUGCUGUGAAGAUAGCGUUCCCUGUCGUACAAGCUGUAUUCAUACUUGUCCAGACAUACUUCCUCUGGCUCCACGCUAAAGACUGUGUACAGCUACAACGGAACAUAACUCGCUGUGGGCUGAUGUUGACUCUGUCUACCAAUCUGAUGUUGUGGAUGGCAGCAGUCACAGAGGAGUCCAUACACCAGACUGUUGUUCUACCAGAGGACGGCAACAGCACACAUUCCUAUGACAUCAGAG